GGAAUACAAAGUAGCUGAUAGAACACAAGCAAUGGCCAAGACACAUUGGACUCACCGAUCGAAGCCGGUGCUCUGACACCCACUUGUAAUCACCGCCAUGUGUAAGAACUGCCGCUUGAUCCUCAUGCUGGUGUUAACAGGCGGCUUCUUCCUUGUGGAGCUGGUGACAGGGUACAUGAGCAAGUCUAUCGCUCUCAUCUCGGACUCCUUCAGCAUGCUGUCUGAUGUUAUCUCUCUGAGCAUCGCGUUGGCGGCGGCCUAUGUGUCCAAGCUCCAGAAGAGGGCAGGGGUUUUGGGAGCUCUGCUCAACGCCGUCAUCCUCUGUGCGCUAACUUUCGGCAUCUUCACCCAGGCGAUGUCUCGUCUUUUAGAAUUGAGCAAGUUGGAGGAUGUUGUCCUGGUGCUGAUCGUCGGAGCUCUCGGGCUGGGCGUGAACGUUGUUGGACUGAUCCUCUUCCAAGACUGUUGCUCCAAGAGAGGCAGAUGCAUGCGAGCAGGCAGCUUGGGAAAUGACACAAGAGACCAAUCAGGGAACAGGAAUACAAAUGUUUCGAACUUAAAUAUUCAAGGUGUCUUCCUACAAUUACUGGGCGAUGCUUUGGGAUCUGUUGUGGUAGUAGUCACUGCUACCAUCUUCUAUGUGUUUCCACUUGGAUCGGAUGAUCCCUGUAAUUGGGAAUGUUAUGUCGAUCCAAGCCUGACCAUCGUUAUGGUUAUGAUCAUUUAUAUCUCUGUUUACCCACUUUUAAAAGAAACGGUUCAUAUUUUACUUGAGAAUGAACCCAAAGAAUUGAAUGUGCAGGAUAUGGGUAAGUUAAUGCUUAUUAUGUAA